AUGGAGCAAGAUAUGGAUGUGAGUUGGAUGACACAUGGGAAAGACAAACUCGGCAAGCAUGGUCAGAAUGGCAAGUCGUCAUCGGACCCCCUUCCUGCCACCGAUGCCACCGAUACCACCUCGUCCAGCCAGCCGUUAGAAUCCGCAACCCCGAGCAAGAUUAACGGAAAGGCUUCCUCGUCAUCGCCUUCGCCUGCCCCUUCACCAGCUGCCCAGACCGCGCCCGCAUCACCCAGCGCUGCCAAGCCUAUACCACAACGGCCCGGCAGAACGAGGAGUCAGUCAAACGAGUCAUCGACAAGCGCCAACGGCCCGCCACUGCAAAGGAAAGGAUCAUGGUUCUCUAAUAUAUCUUCCAAGUUCUCCGGCUCCCCUGCGAACCCAGUAGCUCCUCCGCCAAACCCAAGCUCUGUACCCGAAUCGGAUGCCGACGCGGACGAUGUAACCCCUUUGCCCAAAAUCACUCCGAACAAGAAUGCUGUCCUUCCGCACGCAUCGCGGCAAACAGGCGAUGCCCCGUACACCCCUGCACCCCCAAGGAGCGCUCAGCCGGGCUUCCUGGGAGUAUUCCGUCGCUUAUCUUCAUCGAACGGAACUGCUACGCUAGGCUCGAAGGCUAGCCAUGGCCUUGUCGAGCGAAAGGUGUUGAAUGUUGAUAAGCACCGGGAGCGGUGUCGUGUGACCGAACUUAGCCAAGCAAAACUCCGUCGAGUUGCUUUCUGUGUUGAUGUCGAGAUUGCGCCACCGCCAAAAUAUGGAGACGAAGAGACUCCCUGCAAGAAGCCUGCCGACAAGACGCAGAAGCGAAAGCUUACCGAGAAGAGUGAAGGAUUGGCUUUAAAAGACCCAAAGGCUUUGGAAGAGCAGAAAGAGGGUAACGGGGUGGUGAAGGCCACUGGUGAGGUGCUUCCAAAGGAGCCUGAAAGAGAAGGCACAGAGACAGAGCAGACAAACGCACACAAGAAGGAGAACAGUACAGCGCAAUGCGAAGAGCCCAAGUCGGAGAAGGAGACAUCGCGGAAAAAGGAAAAGAAGAAGAAGAGUGAAGCUGAACGAAAAGCCAAGAAAGAGCAAAAGCGGAAGGAAGCCCUCGAGAAAGGAGCUAUUCCCAUGGAGAUUCACUUGGAUAGCGAUUCCUCUGCAGAAGACGAGUCGUCACCGACAGCAGCAUCCCAUGCACGGUUCACGCCCACGAUAAACCCCGGCAGAAUAUAUCGCAGAUGUUGCCAGUUGCGCGAAACGGAUAUUCUGACCAAGGUCACACUUCAAUUACCGAAGACGACUGGGAUUCGGGCGGAUGGUAUUGUCGAGAAGUUGGACCUCUCUGGAUACUAUCUGUCACUCCCUGACCUCAUAACGCUGGGAGACUUCUUGGCUGUUGUUCCAGUGAAAGAAGUCAAUUUGGCAGACUGCGGGUUGACAGACGAAGGGAUACGCGUUGUUCUCGCCGGCUUACUUGCUGUGAGGAAGUCCAAUGCCAGACAACGCAAGUCCUUGACGAGGCCAGUGGAUUUGGCGCCACAAGGUGGGGUCAUCGAGACACUCGUCCUCAAAAACAAUAAGAUUGGGACCGAAGGAUGGAAACAUGUCUGCCUCUUUAUUCACAUGUGUCGGUCUAUCAAAUGUCUUGAUCUAUCGAGCUUACCGUUCCCAACUCCAGCGGAACAGCCCAAGACACCGCUGAACCACCACCAAUUUCACCUUCAUCACCACGGACCCAAUGCGCUAGCUCCUCUCGACAUGUCACUACUACUUUCCAAGUCUAUUGGAGAACGUCUAGCUGGCUCGGAACUGGAACUCCUCAACCUCGGCUCUACUGGAUUGUCUGCAAACCAGCUUGGAGCCAUAGUCGAUGGAGUUCUCAAAUCGGGCGUAUCAAGGUUCGGGCUUUCUCAUAACAACAUUGAUGCCCAGGGAGUGCAACAUGUUGCGAAGUACCUUGGGAGUGCAAAUUGUCAAGGUAUAGAUCUCGGGGGAAAUGACCUGAGAGACCAUCUCGAGACCAUUGCUGGGGCUAUUCAUGACGAAGAACAACUUUGGGCAAUGAGCCUGGCAGGCUGCAAUCUCAAACCAGCCUCAUUGUGCAAGCUGCUCCCGAAAUUGGUAAAGUUGCCCAGUUUCAAGUUUCUGGAUCUUUCACACAACCACGAACUCUUCGCAUCAGAACCCAGUGCCAUCAAAUUGCUCCGCAGAUAUCUUCCUAAGAUGGACAAUCUGAAGAGGCUCCAUCUUGCUGAUGUCUCGUUGUCCUCUGAGCAGGCCAUUGCGCUGGCCGAAAUCUUGCCGGAAGUCAAGACGCUUGCUCACAUCCACCUACUUGAGAACCCUGACCUUGUUGCUCUUGCUGAUGCCAGGACUGAGGACAUGCAAGAAGAAUCCUGUGCAUUAUAUGCCUCUUUACUAGCAGCUGUUAGGGUGUCGAAGACUUUGAUCAAGAUCGACAUUGAUGAUCCAACUACUGAGUCAGGCGAAAUCAUGAAGGCAAUGGCGAAUCGCAUCGUCGCGUUUUGCAUGCGAAACCUGCAGGGAGUGCCGGACAUUCGGGACUCGACUACCGGCGAGUCGGUGCAGAAGCUCGAGAAGUUACCGGACGUGCUUCGCCAUCUGGUUGGACAAGACGAUGACGACUGGCCUGUGGUGGAAAUGGAUGACGGUUCUGAGCCAGCACCCGACGAGGACUAUGUCAUUGGCGGCACGGGCGUUGCCAAGGCGCUGGCUUGUGUCCUUAAGAACCGAGGUGACGAUUUCCGGCGACAGUCGGGCGAUUUCACGAGAGAACUCGCAAGUGGGACGACAACACCUCGAACGCGCUCUCGAACGCGUUUACCCCCUGGAAAGGCGAAAGACGUGUCCAAACACUUGCUGGCUACGGCGAGGAAGAUUCGUAUACGGCUGCAACCAGCGCUGGUCAAGGCCAAGGCUUCUGCCAAUGAGGACAUGAACAACUAUUAUCGCCUGUUAUUCCUGGACCAGACAAUUGAGGGUAUGAUCAAACGUUUCGAGGACGAAUUUCCGGACACUCGGGAGACGGCGUCAAAACCCUUGCCUGUGCCGGAUCGCCCGGAUCGUGCACCUCCCGCAGUCCCCAAUCUUGGCACUUCUCUUUCAUCGGUCGAGGCAGAUCACCUUCACUUGUCAGAUACCGAGGAUAUAGAAACGGAACUACGCCCACCACCCCCAGCCCGUUCCAAUUCCACCAUGUCUCACACCUCGAAAGCUUUUGCCGAAGAAGAGGGUCGCGCGCUCCGUGCGGGCCACAAAUUCCGCCGAAGCUUCCUCACGCAGGAACAGUUCAACAUCCUCAACAGUUUUGACACUCUUGGGAAUGACCCAAGCCACGUACGCAUGAUAACCGGAGUCAUGGAUGACCUCAUGGAAGACGAUGAACAUAUUAGGAAGCGUGUCGAAGAGGUUGGACCAGUGAGAGCCUUCGAAGAAGACAAAGACGGUGUAUGGAAACGUCUGCGCGAUAAGGACCCGCAGUACUGGGAUAGAUUUCUCGAGAGUCAGGAGAAAGCCCAGGCUAAUAUCAAGGUCGACCCGAACGCUACGAGAAACGACCCCACGUUGCACACGGGCGUCGUCGACGAAGCUGCCAUCGCAGAUUAG